AUGAAUUCCUUUCUGAGUAAACGGUCAUAUGAUCAGAGUCAGACGGAAGGAAUAUCAUAGUGGAUCUACGCUCUUCAAAAGCCAGCACGAAUCCCAAGACCAGAAUCAUGACCACCAAUGCAAAUAUGCAAAGUAUAAUCAUUCUGCAACAUUCUGGUGCACAAAAUGUUCAGUCAAUGGAACCUCAAGAAGAACAAAGAAAUUAUGUGCCAGCUGAUAUGCCCAAACCCCUCGUAAAAUUUUUCAAAGGAGAACCUGAGGUUCUUGGGGUGACCCAGUUGUUUACAGGAAUAAAUUCCAUUUUCUUUGGCAUCAUCUUAACCAUGAUGUUUCAUGAGAAACCAAGCUAUUACAUAAGCGCUGCGGUUGUCACUGGUGUCUGUUUUUGGUCUGGAGUUGCGUAUAUAAUUUCAGGAUCUCUAUCAAUUGCUGCUUCCUGCAAGCCAUCUUUGGGCAAGGUGAAUGCGAGUUUAGUUCUUAACAUAAUCAUCUGCGUAACAAUUGUGCCUUCCGUGGUAAUAUUUGCUAUAUUUAUUUCUGAAGUCUCAAGUAUUGGUUACCGUUAUAGCUAUAGCUAUAAUUCCAAUUCCAGUUCCAGUUCCAGUUCCGGUCAUAGCUACUGCGCAUAUUACAAGCAAAGUCAAACAUGUGAAGGGGAGUUUGCGCUACAGAGUAUCCUACUAGGCGUUGGAGCCACCCUUUUACUCUUUACCGCUCUGGAGUUCUGUAUUGCUUUGUCUACCUCUAUCUUUGGAUGCAAAACUGCGUGUAGGACAUCAUACAAUGACAUGGCGGUGGUCAUCUAUCAUACUACUACUGUGAAUGACUCGAAACCUGCAUUGGCUUAAGAUGGAGAAGUCAAAAGGCAUUGAAGGCUUUACACCAACCUCUAUAAAUAAAGUGAAGACAAUAUACAAUAUAUAACCUGGGCUCGUAUGCCUUACCUGUUGCUUCAUUGAGUGAGGGUUUAUAAUCUCUUGUAAAAUCACAUCAACCACAAAUAACCAAAAAUGUAAAUCAAUGUGAAGUAUUGUAAUUGUAAAUUACUCUGACCUGCCAAAUUGUUGUGUGCUCAAAAACAGAAACAUAUUCAGUUGUCAGUAUAGGAAUGACUGACCUGCUGGUCUACAGACUACCAUUGACUGCAUCUAAGUAAUAGCAUCAUACAGGGACCGCAUAGUAAUUCCAGUGCCUAAUAAAAUGCAUUAUAUAGCACCUAAAUAAAUAGACGCCAGGGCUAGUGCUGGUCAUAUGUCAUAGGGGAAGCAAGGACUUUUGGUCCCUGAAUUGUUUUACAGGUAGUGCAUUCAACAUUGGAAGUUUGAUGAGAAAUUGUGGAAUGUAAACCUAACCCUAGUCCUAUAACUCUGAUAUCUGUUUGUGAACGUAUCUAACAAGUUCCAUGUAUUUACCUGUUUUGCCAUGGAUGGAAUAUUGCUUAUUUAACUUUUACAUUUUAUUCACCUUUUUCCAAAAUGCACUUAAUAGAUGUGCCACUGCAGUACAGGCCUUGUCAGGUGCCAUAUGUAUGUAUGUAGAUAACCCCCAUCCCCCUGAAAGAAAAAACCUUGUGUUCCUCAGUAUGAAAUGAAAUUGGAAGCAUACAAUAAUGGGCCCAGGCACCUUUAUGGGAUCCCUAUUACAGCUGGGUACAUAAUAGAGCUAUAAUAAGGCUGGGCACAUGAGGCCUUCCUCAGGCACGGAUAAGAGGAGGUUGCUGGAGCUUUACAGAACAGUACAAACGUAUAUACUAUUCAAGUCCAAUGACAACUGGAAUGAGUUUGUAAUGGUGGUCUUUAGUCAUUCAUACCACUAGGCUAGGUCUCCACAGGUACUUCUGGGGCAGUACGGUUGUGGUGAAACCAACAUGCAGCCUCAUUGUUUUCCAAUGGAGAAAGUGACAACGACAAACACAAGAAUACCACCAUGGUCUGAAAUCUUGUGAUUGUCUCCAGCUGUCCACAACUUAUUUCUCUUAAGGGAGACUGGGACACAACAAAAGUCUUAGACUUAGGGCUCAUGCACAUGACCAUUGUUUUAGUCCGCAUCUUUUGCGGGUCAAAUGUGGAUUCACUUUAAAGGGAGCCUGUCAUCAACUUUAUGCUGACCUCACUGAGGGCAGCAUAAAAUUG